ACAACACACGAAUAUCAACUAACAAGACAGACCAUUUGCCCAUCAGCAGUCACAGACUGAAAGAAGGAGAGAGUGAUGAAGACCAGUUAUUUAAUUCUAAUAUUUAUAUGCAUCCCUGCAACCCUGAGAACCAAUGACAAUCUUCCAAACUGUAAAGAUACUCUUCGAGAUUGUCUUCGCACCGAAGUGGUGUGGACCAGGUGUUACGAGGAUAGAAUUACAAUAUGCAUUCUAAUGACCAGAAUGCCCAUCCCAAACUUCUACAGAUGGUCUGUCAACUCAUCCAAUAAGGCAGAAGAGAGCACGAAUUCUGGACACAGAGUGCACAUUCCUGCACAUGCUCUCCAGAGAAGCAAGAGGAACGACUCUUAUGGCACUGACUAUGUGCAAAUUACAAUGGCUGUACUCAACAGCUCUCUAUUCAAGCUUAGUCCGGUUCGAGGCUCUAGAUCAGGGGAAGUCCUGGGGCAGUCUGUGCUGGCUGUGAGGGUGGGGGACCACAGUGUGAGUGACCUUGACCAGCCUGUCAGAAUCGCCUUCAGAAACACAAAUGUGACUGAGAGAGGGACUUGUGUUUUCUGGAAGGACUCAGAAAAUAAAAAUGGCGAAGGGGACUGGAGCUCAGAGGGUUGUACAACCACCCUCAUUCACGGAGAGUUUGUGUGCAGCUGUAACCAUCUCAGCUUCUUUGCCGUGCUCGUGAACUCAAAGUUGUCGGUAGACCCUGUGAAUGCUGCCAACCUCGGCUACAUCUCCUACAUUGGUUCAUCAUUCUCUGUGGUUUUCACCACAGUAACCCUUGUCAUGUACACUUGUCUUAGGAAGGGGCAUUCUGAACAGUCAAUAUCUAUUCAUGUGCAGCUGACAGGAGCGCUCCUGUUUCUACACCUCUCCUACCUCUUGAGCGAGUGGUGGGUGUGGCAUGAGGCUGAUGGGGCUGAGGGACAUGUCUGUCUGGCCUUUGGGUUGAUACUGCACUGGGCUCUCCUGUCCACCUUCACCUGGCUGGCCAUUGAAGGCUUCCAUCUCUACAUGCUGUUAGUCCGCGUCUUCAACAUCUAUGUCAGGAAAUACCUGCUCAAACUGAGCCUGAUUGGAUGGGGCAUACCCACUGCAACUGUGACGGCCUGUCGUUUCUCAGGAGUCUACGGCAUACACAGCUUCUACAUGACAGGGGCCAAUAACGGCUCAUCAACAGACAUAUGUUGGAUAAGCAGUGCAACAGACAGCCCUGGAGUGGUGGUCAGCUACAUCACAGUGAGUGGAUACCUGGGCCUGGUCUUCCUCUUCAACACAGCCAUUCUAAGUGUGGUGGUGGUGAAGCUGUGGGGGCAGAGAGGGAAGGGUAGGAUGUGGAAGGACUGGGCCACGGUCCUGGGGCUCAGCUGUGUGCUUGGAGUACCAUGGGGGUUGGCAUUCUGCACCUACGGCCCCCUUUCUCUCCCUGGACUGUACCUCUUCAGUAUAUUCAACUGCUUCCAGGGUGUCUUCUUGUUCCUGUGGUUUCUUGCCCUUUCACGCAAGGGCCGCCCAGAGCACUCCUCUGUGAAAGACUCUUCCAGUCAAAAGAUGAUGGAGACAAACUUCAACUGAUACUGUGGGACUUGCAACACAUUCCAGCAUACCUUUUAAUAGUGUUUGCAGACCAAGUCCUGAGUAUAAAACAGGGGGGGGGGGGGGGGUAUAAUUCAUUUCUUCCUGGUACGGACCUCUUAUACCGAAAAUAAAUGUAUGGGCCUAAACAUAGAAUUGCAUAUAGAAUCCCUAUCAAUUCAACAGCAUUUCUCUGGGCCUAGUGGUAAAGAUUUGACAUGAAACUUUUCAAAUGUAUGACCUUUUAUUAUGGCAUCAACAAACCCAGUCAUGAUGUUUUAAUCAGCUUGUCAAACAGCGGCCCCUUUACUAGGCUACCCGAGCACGUUUAUCCACUCACAACCUAUUUCCAGCCCCCAAACAAUGGUGAAUUGAAAGAGGCAGCUGUUACACAAAACACCAAAAAGUGUCAUGACAUUUGGCGUUUGUAUUUAGGCCAGAAUAUAUGCGUCCACUGCUGUCUGCGUGCGUCUUGGUGUCGGCCACUCAUCUCUGCCGUGGCAUAAUUUCAGUGUUUUUACAUGACAUUUUGGAGCAUAGGCCUAACACCUGUUUUCAUGUCCAUUUGCAAAAUGUUCAUGCCUCUGACAAGCGGUAAUAAAAAAAGAAAAAGUGGUGUAAAAGCCUACAGUUUUUUAAACAUUUUGAUUUCAAUUAUUGUGAUAUAUUGUAUUUUACCGGUACAGCAAACCCUCACUAUUUAUUUUGUGGGGACACCGUACCAGACCGUACCAACUUACUUUCAGCCCUGGUGUAAACAUGACAUUUAUGAUAUGGCACAUAAAUUGUGACACAUGGAGCAAAUAGCCAUUAGCACACAGACUAUCUACUGAAUAAAAUGGUGCUUGGUGUUGUGGUGUUAA